AUGAGUCCGGGAGGAGGUGCAAUUGCCUCCAAGCAUUUUGAGUUCACGCCCAUAGGGUACGUCAAGGAAAAGCAAAGUGAUGCCGCGGGGGAUGCCAACCAUAAUCCAGCACUUUCACCAACACGGAACAACGACAUAAAUGAGAAGAGGGGUCGUGGGGGGAACGGUGCAGAUUUUUCAGACUCGGAGGAUGUGGCCCCCAGGAGGAAGCACCAGAGGCGCGCAUCGGGAGACGACGACACUAUCAACUCGAUGAAGUUGUUCAACGACGCGUCGCAGUUCGAUGACACCUUACCGGAGAUCCAAGUCAACAUGAAGAGCACCACUACAAAGAUGAAUGCCCCGGGGAAGAACUUGCUCACUGAGUUGAAUGAAAAUACCGCUGUUUCUAACCCGAUUAGGCAGCAGCAACAGCAAAUGCAGACUUAUGCAAGGGCAAUUUCGAUUUUAAAGUUGAAGAAUAACACUCUUAUCCAAUUGUUGAAAGACGAAGAUCCUACGGGGAAAAACAUAGAUAAGAAUUUGAAGCUGAUAGACCAGUUGACUAAGGAAAAGGACAAGAAUAACCUGUUGCUGCGGGAUAACACACAGUUACAAACAGAACUGGAUAAAUUGACUGAACAGGUAAACAAUAAAGACGACACUACCACGAAUGAAAAUGAGGAGGAAUCUCAUGCACAGUGCCAGGAGGAAAAAGACAGAUUGUUAGCAAAGCUAGAAGAUGACCAGACUGAACUGACAAAACUGCAAGACAAACUGACGGCACUAGAGAACUCAACGGAGUCAAGCUCGGAAUUGAAUAGACUAAACAAUACUAUUGUUGAUCUUCAGGCCAAUGAGAAGAAAUACCAAAUACAGAUCUCACAGCUGGAUAUUAAGUUGAAGGACUCGACGAGGCUUCUUGAAACCAAAGAGGGGAGCUAUCAGAGAGAAGUGACCUCUCUAAGCGAAAAGGUAAAGGAAACCACCCUCAAAUUGACACAACAGAGGGAGGAAUUCGAAAAAGUGAAUAACGACCUAAAACAAAAACUGAGUGCAUUACGCGAAGAUUUGCGGAAAAAGGAGGAUCAACAUGAAAGAGAACUCCGCAAACUGAAAGACACCAUCAAAAGCUCGAGCAACGACAACACAGAGUUUAUAGAGUCCUUGAAGAAGGAUGUUGAAACAAAGAGAACUCGCCUUGCUCAGUUGGAGACAGAUUUGCAAAAGUCCAAAAGGAGAGUAACCGAAUUGGAAUCCACUUUAAACACAAUAAACACUCAAUAUUCCGACAUUCAGAAAGAGUUUAAGGAGUAUCAAAUAGAUACCGACAGAAGGUUAAACAAUAUUGACAAUUCGGACAAGAGGCAUCUAGUUGAACAUUCAAAAGAAAUUGAAAGAGUUAAAGCCGACCAUCUGCUUGAAAUGACACAACUCGAAAAGAAUUAUGAUUCUUUACUCACAGAAUUAAAUUCCUCAAAAGCUGAAUUAUCGGAGAAACUCGAAGGUGCCGAGUCGGAGCUCGCCAAAUGCAAGGAGGAAUUAAACUCCAAAAAAAUCGAGCAUGAACGUCUUAUCAAUUCUCAUGAAACAAAUGUAAAAUCGUUAAAGGAUCAAAUUUAUGAUCAAACCACUCAAAUACGAAGCUUAGAGAGCACUGUGGAUGACCUAAGUGCAGAUAUAGGGAGGAAAGAGGCCGCACUGUUAUUGCUUCAAACCAAAUAUGAUGAAUUAUCGGACAGAUAUCAAAGCAAUAAUGAAAUUUCGCAAGACGUGGAAAAGAUCACCAGAAGUUUAGAGAAUCAGAUAAACGACCUAAAUCACAAAUUGAAUCAUGCAAAUAUUCUUUUAUCGACUAAGGAUGCAGAACUGUCAUCUACAAGUAACGAGUUAUCUUCUGCGACUACGUCUAUCAAAAAAUUAACUGCACAAAUCCAUGACAAAACUGAAAAGAUUGAGCAAUCAAGAGCUAAAAUUUCCCAACUGGAAAGCCAACUGUUCAAUAAGACCAUCAAAGCAUCGAAAGAAUCGUUGAAGACCAUAGAAACAAAAAACGCACAAAUCGAUGACUUAACUGAACAAUUGGAAAAAGCAAAAUCCGAGUUUGAUAGAGCCUUGAAAACGAAUAAUAUCUUGGAGGAACAAAUCAGUAGGAAGUACCAAGAUCAAAUCAAAGACUUGGAAGAUGAGGUCGACGGCUUGAGCAAUACGCUGAGAAUCAGAACGAGGGAGGAAAAUGAAAGAAUAAAACAAUUGAACGAAGAUAUUCAGGAAUGGCAGGACAGGUACGAUACAUUGAAUGAUACUCUACAGUCGCAAAUAAGCAAACGUUCACACUCAACUAGAGCCGAACAGCUUUCCUUCAAAAGGGAAAGGGAGAGCUUGUUACAAGAAGUUGCCGAGAAAGAUGGCGAAAUAGACAAAUUGAAGCAAAAGAAUACCAGCAUCCUGGAAGAGAAUGACAACUUGAGAGACUAUUUAAAAUCGAGUUCCAAACUUUCGUCUGGUUUUGAACAACUCAUGACGAAGUACAAAGACAUGAAAAGGACGUUUGCUGAGCGGGUUGCCUCCUUGGAAAAGGAAAAUUUGGAACUAGAAGAAUCUUUGCACAGGACAAGAAUCGAUGCAUUAUCGAGGGACAGUUCCGGCCCAUCGCCUAAUGUGGACAGGACGCAUGCUGAUUUGGCUGAUUACUACAGAAUCAAAUAUCACAAUGAGGUGACUCACAACAACGACAUGAAAGUUAUGAAUGAUUACUUGAAUCUAGUGCUAAGGGCAACCACCCAGAAAUUGAGGACUGAUUUACGAAGAGUGAAAAGGGAACUGUCCACAUCUGGUGCUUUAUUUUCUGGUCAGUACAAUGGAGACAAUAUGAACAGCUCAUACGACGACUAUAUCCCUCCUACAUCGCGUGCACAGUAUGGACCAGUUUCCUACGACAACUACUACAAUAACGACUACCUAUACUCCAGACGCUCGCCUAGACUGAAAUUCAAAACAGUUGCACUGAUGGUGAAAGCCUGCAUUAGAAUGAAGAGUGUUGCACUAAAACAUGACAUGACAAGGCAGAAUUUGAGAUACCUGGAGAGGAAGAUAAGAGCCGCGACUUCGACGAAGCCCAGUCGUGGUAAUACAUACCUCUAA